CUCGGUGGGCCCCGCGCCGCCGCGACCCUUUUAAGAGAGGCCCCGCCCAUGCGCAGGAGGCGGAGCCGGGGCGCCGAGGAAGGAACAAAGCGCGGCCUGCGGGCGGCGGCGGGGCUCGGCCGGCGGGGCCGCGGGGUGCGGGGCCGCGGGCCCCGGCUGGUCGUUGGGGGCGGGGGAGGGCAGCGCUGUCCACGGCGGGCGGGCCAUGAAUGGGCUGCCCGCGGCCGAGGCUCCCGGCGGCGCGGGCUGUGCCCUGGCCGGCCUCCCGCCCUUGCCGCGCGGCCUCAGCGGGCUGCUCAACGCCAGCGGCGGCUCGUGGCGGGAGCUGGAACGCGUCUACAGCCAGCGCAGCCGCAUCCACGACGAGCUGAGCCGCGCCGCCCGCGCCCCGGACGGGCCCCGCCACGCCGCGGCCGCCAGCGCGGGCCCCGCCGCCGGCGCGUCCGGCCCGCGGCGCCAGGUCAACCUGGACUCGGCACUAGCGGCGCUGCGCAAGGAGAUGGUGGGGCUGCGACAGCUGGACAUGUCUCUGCUGUGCCAGCUGUGGGGCCUGUACGAAUCGAUCCAGGACUACAAGCACCUGUGCCAGGACCUGAGCCUGUGCCAGGACCUGUCAUCCUCACUGCACUCGGACAGCUCGUACCCGCCGGACGCCGGCCUUUCGGAUGACGAGGACCCGACAGAUGCCAGUCUGCCCCCCGACCCGCCGCCCCUCACCGUGCCCCAGACGCACAACGCCCGGGACCAGUGGCUGCAGGAAGCCUUCCACAUCAGCCUGUGAUGCCACCGGGACGGGUCGCCUGCACGUGGAAAGAUAGUGCCCGCUUCCCCGCACGUGCCCACACACCGCACAGUCCUGGGGCAAAGCCAUCAACCCCCUCUCCUGCGGGUGGGCUGGCACUAGGGCUGGCACCUGGACUCCAGCCUCAGCACUGGACUCCCACUUGUCCCACACGUGUGCACCCCACUUUAGCUAGCCACAGUCCGCCAGUGGAGCCCAAGAUCUCUUGCUGCCCCUCUCGGCACCCCGGGAUGGGGGUGAGUGCCGAGCAGCUGGUCCUCCCCUUUUUGUCGCUAUUGGCAGCUGCUGGCAGGGCUCUACCACCUCUGGCUCUCGAGUCUCCCUGGGGACCCCUCCUGCACACCCUCCCACGGCCAGCCAGCCACGGCCCCUUGCUGGAUGUUUAGGUCUGUCCGUCCUCCAGGGCUCGAUGAACGAAUGAAUAA